AUGCAGUUGCACACCCAAGACCAGUCCCAGAAGGGCAAGGAGGCCCUUAACUCCCUGACACCAUCCACCACCCCUGCCCAGAUAACUGACUUCCAAAUUGGGUCUGAGCUCUUCGCCGAGAUACAACUGUCUGAGAUGAAGAAGAUAUUUAAGGAGGAUGUUGACAUGACUGGAGCCCUGAACAUGAAGGCUUUCCUUAAGUCCAUGAAGAAGGUUCUGAGCAACGUGUCGGAUGAGGUGCUAGAGACGAUAUUUUUGAAAGUGGACUCAGACUGUAGUGGCUCUGUCACCUGGCAGAAGUAUGUGGAUUACAUGGUGCGCGAGUACCGGGGAAAGGAGGCGAUAAGAAGGAGCCAGUACCGCCUGUACUUCCACCUUCCUAUGCGGAUCAUCCCCCUGUAA